UUGAACAAAGUGGUCGAGAGGAGGACUUGUGUUUUCAGUUCUUUUAUUUUUAACGGUUUGUUGACAAUAAUUUAUAGACGUUAAUCUUAUUUGAACUAAAUAGUGUGUGAACAUUGAUGCUAUUGUUGUUGUGGAUUGCUAAGUGAAUUGUAAACAAUGGCGACGCAGCCAGAAGUCGGUGUGUCCGACUUCGUCCUACUGGACAAUUUGACCACCGAUACCUUUAUAGAAAAUUUGCAUUUGAGGUUUCAACACAACAAAAUCUACACGUACAUAGGCGAAGUACUAGUAUCAGUGAACCCUUACAAGAACCUGGACAUCUACAGUAUGCAGCACAUGGCACAGUACAGGGGUCGGGAGAUGUUCGAAGUAACUCCUCACGUGUACGCCGUCGCUGAUGCCUGUCAGAGGGUGUUGAGGCAACAGGGCAAAGACACGUGCGUGUUAAUAUCAGGAGAGUCAGGCUCCGGCAAGACAGAGGCGUCCAAGUUCAUAAUGAAGUACAUAGCAGCAAACACAACACAAGUCCACAGAGAUUAUAUUGAUAGGGUAAAAAACGUACUAAUCCAGUCAAAUUCCAUACUAGAAACGUUUGGUAACGCGAAAACGAAUCGAAACGGCAACUCUUCACGUUUCGGCAAGUACAUGGAUAUACACUUUGAUUACAAAGGUGACCCUGUAGGAGGUCACAUUAGUAAUUACUUACUGGAGAAGAGUCGGGUGGUCUCCUUGCAACCAGGGGAGAGGAAUUUCCAUGCCUUCUAUCAGCUGCUAAGUACAAACAACGCGACGACGAAGAAGUUCGGGCUCGCCUCGAGUGCAGUUUAUAAGAUACUCGGCAGUGAACGAGCGACGGCACAGGACUCCAAACUGUUCUCCGUCACGAAUAGUGCUUUCGACGCCCUCAGCUUCUCGCAGUCGGUCGUUGAGGAUAUAUGGAGUAUUGUGGCGGGAGUUAUUUUGUUGGGCGAGCUAACCUUCACAGAAACGCCAGACGGGCAGCUCAGCAUAGGAGGUCCUCUGACACAGUGCACCAACGCUCUCGGAGUAUCAGAGCAAGCUCUCCGGUCCUCCAUGGCCGGCAGAGUCCUGUCUGCAGGAGGGGACCUGGUGAACAAGGAGCAUUCGCUGCUGGAUGCUAAUUAUACGAGGCUGGCUCUUGCGAAGGCAGCUUAUGAUCGGCUGUUUACGUGGAUAGUGCAACAGAUAAACAAAGCGAUCGACGUCCCCUCGGGCACGUACAAGAGCACGCUCAUAGGAGUGCUGGACAUCUACGGCUUCGAGAUCUUCGAGACCAACAGCUUCGAGCAGUUCUGCAUCAACUACUGCAAUGAGAAACUGCAGCAGCUGUUUAUUGAGCUGGUACUAAAGCAGGAGCAAGAAGAAUACGCCCGCGAGGGUAUCCAGUGGACGCCCAUCAAGUACUUCAACAACCGCGUCAUCUGCGAGCUGGUGGACGCGCCGCAUCAGGGACUCAUCGCCAUCAUGGACGAGGCCUGUCUCAAUCCUACUAAGAUAUCAGACACGCAACUGCUAGAGGCGAUGGACAGACGGCUGAACGGACACAAACACUACACGUCGCGACAACUCGCGCCCACCGACAAGAAGCUCAAACAUGGCGUCGAUUUCAGAAUUACUCACUACGCGGGCGAGGUGACGUACGCGAUCACGGGCUUCAUGGACAAGAACAAGGACUCGCUGUGGCAGGACCUCAAGCGUCUGCUGCACUCCUCCGCCAACCGCUCCCUCGCAGACAUGUGGCCCGAGGGGGGGACUAAUAUACAGAAGACAUCGAAGCGUCCACCAUCAGCAGCAACGCUGUUCCGCAACUCGAUGGCUGCGCUGGUGACGGGGCUGCAGAGCAAGGAGCCCUUCUACGUGCGCUGCGUCAAGCCCAACCCGCACCAGGCGCCUAACACGUGGGACGAACAGCUGGUCCGUCACCAAGUCGCCUACCUAGGCCUAGUCGAGAACGUCCGCGUCCGUCGUGCCGGGUUCGCUUCCCGGCAGCGAUACGACCGGUUUCUCAAGCGCUACAAGAUGCUCUCCCAGUACACCUGGCCCAACUUCCGUGGCAGCAAUGACAAGGAUGCCGUCAUGGUGUUGCUGAGGGACUUGCAUGUCAGUGAUGUCCAGUUUGGACAUACUAAGCUGUUUAUUAGGAGUGCAAAAACCCUCCAUGGUUUAGAAGCAGCUAGAGCGGAACUGAUACCUUCUAUAGUGAUCCUGCUGCAGAAACUAUGGCGUGGAACCCUCGCUCGCAUGCGGUACAAGAAGAUGAAGGCUGCGGUCACUAUAUAUAAUGCUUGGAAACGUUACCGCGUCCGCCGCUACAUCGCGGAACUACAAACCGAACUGCAACGCAACCGCGGCGUCAUCCGUCAGUGGCCCCCCGGGCCGCGCCGCCUGCCCGCGGCGCUGCUGCAGGCCGCCCACCGGCGCUGGCGGGCCUACCUCACGCUGCAGCCCAUACCUAGAGCCCAGUGGCCACAGCUCAAGAUGAAGAUAUGUGCUGCUAGUGCUCUGAGAGCUAGGAGGACGCAUUGGGGACAGGAUCGACAGUGGAUCGGCGAUUAUUUGGCGGAUAGUAGUUAUAAUUCGAAGGCUUCGGCCUACCAAUCCCAGUUAGCCUCCCUCCAAAAGUCCCAGCAAGUCGGCCGAGCGUUAUUCUCGUGCCGAGUACACAAGUUCAACCGCUACAACAAGCUGGCUGAACGAUGCCUACUCAUCACGGAGUCGGCUAUCUUCAAGCUGGACGCCAACACCUUCAAGCCGCUGAAGAAACCUACUGCUAUUACUGAGGUCGGCGCUAUUCGCAUAAUGAGUUCAGACGUGCAACUAGUGGUGAUCAGCAUCCCGUCCGCUAAGAACGACCUCGUGGUGGGCCUCGUGGCCCCCCACAGCAACCAGACGGGGGGUACCGCGGACCUCGUGGGGGAACUGCUGGGGGUACUCGUCAAUAGGUUUAAUAUGUUAACAGGCCAAGAGCUAUCAGUAGAGGUAGAAUCUGGAGCCACGACGCGUUGCAUCCUGGGCGGCAAGACUCGCGCACUACAGCUGCCCGCCGCGCCGCCCUCGCCCGCCGCCGCCGCCGCUGCUCCCUUCACGCAUGCACACAACGUUAUUACCUACCAUCCCGCCUCCGCUAGAGCGUAGGGGGGAUGGGGAGGAAGGUAGGUAUAAUCAUCGGCAAGGAUAUUGAGCCCUGACCUUCACCUGCGCAGAAGUGAUUUAUUGGUUUAUUGCCUUAUGUGUACAGUGCGCAAAGCGAUCCCCACUCUUCCGCCGAGAGCUCAUUAUCCGUGCCGAUAACUAUAUUGUGGUGCUCGUGGUGUGUAUAGGGUGGUCAUCAUGUAAAACGAGCUAUGUCAGAAAAAAAGGAGUUCAAAAAGUUGUUAAAUUAUUGUAGGUAAACUUGAACGGUCAAAUAAUACUUGACAUAAUACAAUUGAGAACUUAAAUAUGUAAUUGAUUUUAAUAUUGUAUAUGACUUAUUUCAAAUUUUGAUAAAGAGAAGAAACAUAAAUAAAACUUUGAAAAUUUAUGGGGUACCUGUUAUAGCGAGAUUCCACAAAAAUAGUUAGCGAACAUAAAAUGUGAACACGCCGGUGCAAAUCCGCGUACCAAGAUUGCAAUUUCGAGAACAUUUUAGAAAUGUUCGUACGCAUUUUUACUUGACCAGAGACCAAACUGGUGGAAUUUUGUUUUUACAGCAACAUGAGAUGUUGCACAUCCAUGUUACGCAACAUAACCUGUGACAUGUUGCACAAUAUUGUGUGCAACGAUUUUGUUACAACGGUAGUGACUUAUUAGAGUGAGAAGGCAUAGUUGUAGUUAUUCUAUUGAAUAGUCAAAUAGUAUAAAUUUUAGGAUUGCCGUGUACAUUAUUUAUACAAAAAAAAUAUACAGUUUUUAAUGUUGUUAGAACACAAAUUCGAUGCGCGAUUUUUGUAUUGCCAGUUAAAACCUUUAUGGUUAAUUGCGAGGCCUUAGAAAUAUAAAAGCAACCAUGCUUAGCAUUUUUUCAAUUUUUGUUUUUUUGUUGUUGAACUAUUGGGAAAUAUAUACUAACUUAAAUUUCUGUGCAUGCCUCGUUCGAAGGGUUUUAUAAUAUGAACAUUAAAAUUAAAUAUUAAAUGACUGAUAUCUGGCAUUUGGUAGUAAACUAGCGGCCUUAAAGUUACGUAUAUAGAAGUAAGUUUAAGUAUGUACCUUAUUAACUUAUUCGACAAAUGUUAACGUUAGUUUUAAUUAGAAUGGUUAGUUGUUAUUUUUUGUUCUGUGUGAUGAUGGCAACACUGUGAGCCGUUAAUAGAUAAAUUAUUUUAUUGUUGUUCGUGAGCUCAUAUUUUCAAUAGAUAUGUUUCAAAUUAUUAUUAAAAUUGAGCAACAUUUAAUUAUGUUGCACCUAAUUAAAUCUUGUUGCAUCCAACAUCUGGUUUAUAAUGUUGCCAUUAUCAAAUGAAUUAUAUAGUACGUGCCUUAAAUAUUAUGUUAAUUAUUAUUUUUUGAUGAUUUUUUUAUUAGAAUAUGAAGACAUCACAUUUUGUAAAUAGAUUUUGAGUAAUAAUAAUAACCGCGCACUUUUACAUAAUUAUGAAAUAAUAAAAAAUGUACAGUUGGUAAAUAAUGUUGAACAUUAAAUGUGCUAAUAUGGUAAUAUAGUAAAUUGUUACUUAUAGUUGCUUGGUUACAAUGAAUAAAAUAGGGGGGGUUAUUUAAAUUAUUUUGUUGAAAUUAUAGCUGGUACCUACAAUGAAAUAAUAUGUUGUUUUAAAUGGGAAUCUUAGCGCACAAAGAAAUAAAUAUAAGCUAAGUCAAAUAGAAGAUAUUUAGUACUUUUGUUAUUGUACUUAUUCCAUCUAUGUCUGACUGCUGUGAAUUGUCAGCAAGGUAACAAUGACAGCUGAACCAAGGCGCUGAAUAUUUUCUAUUUUAAUUAGUCCUUAUUGAAAUCUUCAAAACAAUAGUAUUUGAAGAAUUAAACAAAUACCUUGGGAAUAAGUGGCGCUUUAUAACGAAGAAAUAUAAAUAUUGCUAGUCGAUGUUUUUCUUAGUACGCGUUUGUUUAACGCGAGCUUACAGAAUAGAUCGAAUUUGCAUUUGUUUUUUAUUUAAAUCUUGCUUUAAAUAACUAUGGCAAUAGCUACAUAAUUAUAGAAGGGUCUUGUACAUAAGUUAUUUUACAUAUAACUUUAAAAUAAGUAGUAGAGACCUCGUAUAUUUUAAUAGUUCUAUGAAAUGAAAUUCGCUGUCCUUGUCGCUCUGAAUGCAAACUAUUGUAUUAAAGUUAGAAAUAAAUAAAUUACCAAAAUCAUUUAAAGCAGUCUUUACAAGCCUGGCUAAUUAAUGAAUACCUGAAAAUAAUAUUUUUAAUAUGUGGCUAUUGUCAUAGUAAUUUAAAGUGAGAUUAAACAAUAAUGUGAUGAAAUAUAACGCACAGUGAUGUAUUUUAUUUAUUAAUUUAGUUCAGUAUUACGUUUAGCAUAGAAAUUAUGAGGUUAUGAUUAUUUGGGACAGAACUUUAACUAUCAAGGAUAACUUUAAAAACGAAGGCUACUUUGCCUAACCAUAAAUUGAACCUACAAUAUUAUGCGUAUUGGUGAGCUGAUGACUAGCGGUCAAUUUGUAACGUAAAAUAUAAUAAAACAUAUCUAGAUAAUCAAGUGACAAUAGCCCAAUGGCUAAAGUGUCGGCUUGGCGGUGGAGAUGUUCGAUUCCCACCCAUUGCGCUUUUGAUUCCAAAUACUAAGUAACAUGCAACGCACAUGGACGAUAAAUAAAACUUAAGACACAAAACACGCUAAUAUACAAUUAUAUUUAUUUCAUUUUUGAAAUUCUAUAUGAAAUAGAAUAAAUAAAAAAACAAGAGUGGUUCGUAAUACUAGUUAAAGUUCUGUCACUAAUACUUUUAAAAACAAAAAGCCUUGAAAUGUUAACAGCGAGUUCUUCUAGUUAUAUGUAUAUAGGUGUUAUCGAGUGAUGGACGUGCCUUGUCGUGGUGCCAUGAGAUUCGCAACGUGUUGAAUUAAAUCAUUUUACACUUUA